AUAAUAAAAUUAUUUAUUAAAAAUAGUUCUAUAUAUAAAAAAUUUUGUAAAUUUAUUUAUAAUUUAAAUAAAAAAUUUAUAGAUAUUAAGUAUAAAGAAUUAUUUUUAUUAAAAUUUGAUAAUAAAAGUAAAUCAAUUAUUGAUUCAUUAUUAUAUAAAUUAAGUGAAUUAUUUAUAAUUGAUUAUGAAGAAAAUAAGUAUAAUGAAGAACGUAUUAAAAUGAGAAAUUUUACUUUAGAAGUAGUAUAUUUAAUAUAUAUAUAUUGUAAAAUUUUAGUAAAAAAUUUAAAUAAAAUAUUAUGGUAUUUAAUAUAA